GGCUGAUUGGCCGUUCACCGAUGAGGAACCUUUCGCCACGCCCAUUUCUCCAACCUGCAGCAGUUGUCCCUAAAACAAGAAGAAAAAGUAGUCAUGGCUAGCCCAAUCACACAGCUGUGAGUAUUCUGAGAUCUGCUCCAACCACACAGGAAUUCACCUACAGUUCAGCUCCUCCCACAACUGUUUAUGAAAGAGUUUAUAUGAAAGAAAGUCGAAAACAUGACUGAUCCAGAGCCCUGCGGAAUAAAACGGGAAGAUACUGAACAACAAAUAGACCCGAUUGAAGAACUUAUCGAAGAAGGGGAGAACCAUCAUGUCAAAACUGAAGAAACAUCCUGCAGAGACAAUAUAUGUUUCACUUGGCCUCAAAGCGGAAAGAGUCUCUCAUGCAAGCAAAAUCUUGAUAUUCGCAUAAAAUGUCAUCUUGAAGGAAAGCUGUAUGCGUGUGAUCAGUGUGAAAAGACUUUCACAAUAAAAGGAAACCUUACGAAACACAUGAAUAUCCACACUGGGGAGAAGCCGUUCACAUGUGAUCAAUGUGGGAAGAGCUUCAGACUAAACGUAAUCCUUAAAAAACACAUGGUUAUCCACACUGGGGAGAAGCCGUACACAUGUAGUCAAUGUGGAAGGAGCUUCAGAUUAAAAGCAACCCUCAAACAGCAUGUGAAAAUUCAUACUGGAGAGAAGCCGUACUCAUGCGGUCAAUGUGGGAAGAGCUUCACACUAAAAACGACCCUUAAUGAACACACGAGGAUCCACUCUGGAGAGAGGCCAUACACAUGUGAGCAGUGUGGGAAGAGUUUCAGACAAAAAGGAUACCUUGAUGCACACCUAAAAACCCACUCUGGAGAGAAGCCCUACACAUGUAAUCAGUGUGGAAAAAGUUUCACACAAAAAGGAGCCCUUAAUGUACACAUGAAGAUCCACACUGGAGAGAAGCCGCAUGUAUGCAAUCAGUGUGGAAAGCGUUUCAGACUUAAGCAACCCCUUAAUGAACACAUGAGGAUCCACACUGGAGAGAAGCCGUACACAUGUAAUCAGUGUGGAAAGAGUUUCAGAAAAUUAAGUGGUUUUAAAAAACACCUGAUUACUCAUUCUAGAGAAAGACUAGAUAACUGUGACCAAAGCAGUAAAACACUUUUUAGGGGAGAUAUCCUGAAGGACCACCUUAAAGUUCACACAAAGCAGAAGCCUUACAUGUGUUAUUUAUGUGGAAAGAGUUUUAGUCAGAUGGUUGCAUUAAAGAUACACCAGAAAAGACACAGCGGUGUGAAGGAUCAUGCUUGCUCUGACUGUGGGAGGACUUUUUUUACAUAUGGUGCACUAAAAGUGCACAAGACCGUUCACACUACAGAAACACCUUACAAGUGUUUACACUGUGACAAGAGAUUCAAACGGUCAACAUAUCUGCAAAUACAUGAGAGGAUCCACACUGGAGAGAAGCCGUAUGCAUGUGAUCAAUGUGGGAAGAGCUUCAGACUAAAAGAAAUGCUUAAUCAACACAUGAAUAUCCACAAUGGAGACAAACCGCACACGUGUGAUCACUGUGGGAAGAAUUUCACACAGAAAGGAAACCUUAACAAACACAUGAAAACCCACACUGGAGAGAAGCUACACACGUGUGAUCAGUGUGGGAAGGGUUUCUUAGAAAAAGGAAACCUUAAAGAACACAUGAAUAUCCACACUGGAGAGAGGCCACACACGUGUGAUCAAUGUGGCAGCAGUUUCACACAUAAAGGUAACCUUAUCAAACACAUGAAAAGCCACACUGGGGAGAAGCCACACACGUGUGAUCAGUGUGGGAGGAGAUUUGCAGAAAAGGCAACCCUUAAUGAACACCUGAGGAUCCACACUGGCGAGAAGCCGUACACGUGUGAUCAGUGUGGAAGGAGUUUCACACAAAGAGGAACCCUUUAUGAACACGUAAAAACCCACAGUGGAGAGAAGCCGUUUACCUGUGAUCAGUGUGGGAAGAGUUUCAAACGAAAAGAAGGCCUUAAUGAUCACAUGAAGAUCCACAGUGGAGAGAAGCCAUACACAUGUGAUCAAUGUGAGAAGAGUUUCACACGGAGGGGAACCCUUUAUCAACACAAGAAAACCCACAGUGGAGUGAAGCCGUACACAUGUGAACAAUGUGGAAAGAGUUUCAAGAGUUCAAGCUUUUUCAAAGUACACCUGUGUACUCAUUCUAGUGAAACACUAUAUAACUCCAGUGCAGAUUUCCUGAAGGACCACCUAAAAGGAAAUACAAAGGAGAGGCCUUACAUAUGUAAUUCAUGUGGAAAGAGUUUUAGUCAGAAGAUUGCAUUAAAAAUACACCAGAAAAGACACAACGGUGUGAAGGAUCAUGCUUGCUCUGAGUGCGGGAGGGCUUUUUAUACAGAUGGUGACCUGAAACUGCACAAGACCGUUCACACUACAGAAACACCUUACAAGUGUUCGCACUGUGACAAGAGCUUCAAACGGUCAACAUAUCUGCAAAUACAUGAGAGGAUCCACACUGGAGAGAAGCCGUAUGCAUGUGAUCAUUGUGGGAAGAGCUUCAGACUAAAAGGAACCCUUAUCGAUCACGUGAAAAUCCACACUGGAGAGAAGCCGCACACGUGUGAUCAAUGUGGGAAGAGCUUUUCACAAAAAGGAAACCUUAACAAACACAUGAAAAUCCACACUGGAGAAAAGCCGUACUCAUGUGAUCAGUGUCAGAAAAGUUUCAGAAUAUCAAGUGCUUUUAAAGUUCAUCUGCGUACUCAUUCUAGAAAAAGACGAUGUGACUGUGACCAUUGUGGUAAACAUUUUUUUAGGGCAAGUGCCCUGAAGAAGCACCUGAAAAUUCAUACAGAGGAAAAGCCUCAUGCGUGUUCUUUGUGUGGAAAGAGUUUUAGUGAGUUUGCUGCUUUAAAAUAUCACCAGAAAAGACACAGCAGUGCGAAGGAUCAUGUUUGCUUUGAGUGUGGGAAGACUUUUUUUACAUAUGGUGCACUGAAAGUGCAUCAGUCAGUUCACACUCGAGAAACACCUUAUAAAUGUUCACACUGUGUCAAGAGAUUCAAACGGUCAACACAUCUACAAGUACAUGAGAGGAUCCACAUUGGAGAGAAGCCUUAUCACUGCCAUUCAUGUGGGAUGAGAUUCACUCAAUUAUCUUCUCUAAUCUGUCAUAAAUUACAUGUCUGCAUGUCGGAAAUUACAGUAAGUAGUUCAAGUUCUGAUCCUGUCCUUCCAGGUGUGAGGUAGGGCUGCAUCAAGGAAUUAUUUUGAUGAACGAUUAAUCAGAAAUUAUUAGAAUGAUUAAUCAACUGAUUGUUUAUUAUUUCAGAGAUUUAUCAGUAGCUUUUAUUUAUUAUUCGGCUUUUGGAGUUUGUUAAAAUGUUUAGUUAUACCCAUUCUAACUAAUAAAUAAAACAAGGCAAUCACUUCA